ACCACCACCACCACACGCACCUGCAUCACCAUGUCCGACCACACGCUCCCGCAGCUGCCCUACGCCUACGGCGCCCUCGAGCCCGCCAUCUCGGCGCAGAUCAUGGAGAUCCACCACUCCAAGCACCACCAGACCUACGUCACCAACCUCAACGCCGCCGAGAAGGCCUACGCCAGCGCCGCACAGGCCAACGACGUGCGCAAGCAGAUUGAGAUCCAGAGCGCCAUCAAGUUCAACGGCGGCGGCCACCUGAACCACUCGCUCUUCUGGAAGAACCUGGCCCCGGCCAAGGAGGGCGGCGGCGAGCUCAAGGAUGGCCCGCUGAAGCAGGCCAUCGAGCGUGACUUCGGCUCGCUCGACAAGCUGAAGGAGUCGUUCAACAAGCAGACGGCCGCCGUGCAGGGCUCCGGCUGGGGCUGGCUCGGCUACAGCGCCACGACGCAGAAGCUCGAGAUCGUCACCACGAAGGACCAGGACCCGCUGAUUACGCACACGCCGCUCAUCGGCGUUGACGUGUGGGAGCACGCCUACUACCUGCAAUACCAGAACCUGCGCCCCAAGUACCUCGAGGCCAUCUGGUCGGUCAUCAACUUCUCGGAGGCCGAGAAGCGCCUGACCGAGGCGCAGAAGAAGGCUCAGCUCUAAGCGUGUCCUCUGCAUGUCGCUCGCGCCGCCCGCUGGGCCGGCAUGAUCGUCUGUCGAAUGCAUGAAUGAAGCUUGCACGUCUCAUUGCUCGUCCAGCU